AUGUCAUCAGGAAUAUCAGAAAACGCAAGGAAUGACUUAAAUGAGAAGAAUGGCAAGGACCAAGAUGCAGAGAUCAAAGUGGGAACACCACAUAUGCAAGAAUUGGAGGUCGACGUUGGGAAAAUACUCAAUGAUGAUGGAUUGGAUGGUAUAGAAGGCGAUACAUCUCCAUAUCCUGAAGUCAGAGCUGUAGUUCCGGACGUUGACGAUCAAGAUAUUCCUGUCAACACCCUUAGGAUGUGGAUUUUAGGUUUCGCUUUCACUAUGAUCGGCUCUGGCAUCAAUCAAUUCUUCAGUCUUCGUUAUCCGUCAGUUCACAUUAUCGCACUAGUUGCCGAACUUCUCGCAAUGCCUUUCGGCAUACUUUUAGCAAAGACUUUACCCCUUUAUACUCUCAACCUAGGACCUCUAGGCAAAUGGUGUAUUAAUCCCGACCGACAUUUCAACAUCAAGGAGCAUACUGUAAUUACCAUCAUGAGCAAUGUCAGUUUUGGGUAUGGAAGCGCAGACUCGACGAGUAUCAUUCAAGCCGCAAAAGUAUUUUACAACUUCGAGUUGAAGCCCGGUUUCUCGGUUCUGAUUGUCCUUUGUUGUCAGAUGAUGGGCUUUGGAGUCGCUGGGCUAUCGUCCCCUUGGUUGGUAGAGCCUGCCUCUAUAAUCUGGCCAGGAGUGCUAUCUAAUUGUGCUUUACUUUCUACUUUACAUUCUCGAGCAAAUGCUAUUGCCAAUGGUUGGAAAAUUAGUCGACUACGAUUCUUCAUGUAUGUUAUGGUUGGAGCGGGAGUUUGGUACUUUUUCCCUGGAUUGAUCUUUGUGGGACUUUCUUACUUUUCAUGGGUCUGCUGGAUUGCCCCAAAUAAUCUCAUCGUAAAUCAUCUAUUCGGAAUGGUUACAGGUCUUGGAUUGAGUCCUAUCACUUUUGAUUGGUCACAGGUCGCAUAUAACACGAAUCCUCUCCUUUCUCCAGCAUGGGCCGCGAUGAACGUGUUUGGUGGCUUUAUAAUUUUCUUCUGGAUUGUCACUCCCGGUCUUUAUUAUUCAAAUGUUUGGUAUACAGCCUAUCUUCCGCUGUGCACAGCUGAUGUUUAUGAUAACACCGCAUCCGUCUAUAACGUCACUCGGGUCAUGACUCCAGCUAACACUCUGAAUACAACUGCAUAUGCUGAAUAUUCACCUCCGUUUCUUCCCGCAACUUUCGCAUUCGUGUACGGUAUAUCUUUUGCUGCUAUUACCGCUGUUCCCGUUCAUAUCUACCUCUGGCAUGGAACUCAGAUUCUUGAUGCAUUUGCAGGUCGUACCAAACUGGAUAUUCAUGCUCGCUUGAUGCGCCUCUAUCCUAGAACCCCUUGGUAUUGGUAUGGAUGUCUCACGGUUAUAAUAGUCAUAUUAGGUAUUGUUAUGGUCGAAGUUUAUGACACGACUUUACCAUGGUGGGCCGUCUUGCUGGCAGCAGUGAUACCGGCAUUUUACAUGAUUCCCUGCGGUAUUAUUCAGGGGAUAACAAACGUGAACGCUAAUCAACUGAAUGUUCUCGCCGAAUUCGUCGGCGGAUACAUGUUUACCGGGCGACCAUUAGCGAACAUUAUUUUCAAGGUCAUCUCUACCGAUGUAGUGGGUCAAGGCCUGUACUUUGCCCAAGACAUGAAGCUAGGCCAUUACAUGAAAAUACCACCUCGAAUCCUGUUUUUCGCGCAAGGAAGCGCCACUAUUCUUGGGGCUCUUACCCAAGUCGGUGUAACUCUCUGGAUGCUCAGUAACGUUGAAGACAUCUGCUCAGAAGAUCAAUCAAACGGCUUCACAUGUCCCAAUGGCCGUACAACCUUUUCUUCCUCUGUCAUCUGGGGUGCAAUUGGCCCUGGACGAGUUUAUUCUAUCGGCAAGAUUUAUUCCGGUCUCUUGCACUUCUUUUGGAUUGGUGCACUUAUGCCGAUUACUACUUGGUUUAUAUGGAAAUACUGGAGAAAGAGCACCGGGGAAGAAAGAGCAUGGAUACGACUUAUCAACUGGCCACUAAUCUUCGUUGGAACUUAUAAUGUGCCACCUGCUACGGGAAUCAACUAUAGUAGUUGGGCGUUGGUUAAUUUAACCUUUAAUUGGUGGAUUAAAGCGAAAUGGUUCGCGUGGUGGUCCAAAUAUAAUUACGUCUUAGCAGCUGCGCUGGAUACGGGUCUUGCACUUUCGGCAAUUGUGAUAUUCUUCUGCAUCACAUAUCCUGGAGCUCGAUUUCCGGAUUGGUGGGGUAAUACGGUCUAUAUCAACACAGCAGAUGGAAAUGGUCUUCCAUGGCUUCCAUUACCUGAAAGUGGGAGAUUUGGCCCAGCUAAUGGAACAUGGCAUUAA